AUGGAGCAUAUUAUAGAAACACACUAGAACGGGCUAUAUAACAAGAAGUAACAAGAAUACUAUCAAUAAUAACAACAGUAUAAUAAGAAGAUAGGUAUGACUGAUUUACAGAUAAUGCUGAGGCAGUGAGUCAAAGGUUCGCUUGCAUAUAAAGUGAUCUCUUCCACUCAGCUCGAGGAGAUUGCAGGGUUUAAGUUUUGGCUGCACAAUCCUUUUGCAGAGAAUAGCGUUUAGCUGUCUCCCACAUUAGAGAGGCUUUAGACAGUAGGACGGUUCAGUUGCACUUUGGGGAAGAGAGAUGACUAAAGAAGCUGUCACCACAGAAUGCUUCAAGAGGUCGAGAGAAAUAUAAAGAAAAAUGUUAUCGACUCAGAAGAAAGCGAUCGGAAUCCUAAGAAACCAAUGUUUUUUUUUUUCUUUGUUAGUUUUUUUUCUGAAUGAUAGGGUAAUAACAGUAUAUUUACCUUAAUUAAACAACAACAUUGCUUUACAUCACGACUUAGGAUGAUGUUGCUGGAUGGCUCAGCUCAAACUAAUUGCACCAUUUGCUGCUGCACGUCUCUGAACAAAAUCUUAAUGAUAGUUUUCAUGAUCGUGUUGAUCAUUGCUAUCUUGUUUGGAAACUCGGUGAUUCUGGCUAUUUUCCUGGGGACCAAGCACUUCCACACCCCGCAAGGGUACCUGAAAGCAUCCUUAGCUGUGGCUGACUUAGCGGUGGGGAUAUUUGUGGUCCCAUUUUCUGUUUAUGCAGAAAUCUCAUUCAUGAUAAGUGACUCCUUGAUAGCAGACUGGACUAAUAAUAACAAAUGGUUUGGUAGCGUUUUCCAUCCCUGUAAUUUAAUCGGUCCGAUUUUUGCCGGCUGCACGCUGGUCUCAAUUACAACUAUAUUUCUGCUCACUAUUGAACGGAGCAUUGCCAUUCUGAAACCUCUACACAAAGAGUCAUUUAUCACAAGAAAAAGGACAACCAUUCUUAUAGCCAUAUCGUGGCUGGCCAGUUUCUUUCUAGCUGUCUCUCCCAUGAUUUUCAGCAAAAAUAUUGUUUUGGAAUACAACGCCUGCAGUAGGAUGUGUAACUACGCAUUAGGGGAUAACCAGCCCCCUACCAGUAGCUGGCACAUUCUAUUGCUUUUCCCGACUUUUGAUUUUACUCUUCUCGGUGGCACAGUUGUCAUAAAUAUAUUAUCAUUAACCACCAUACGACAACAUUUUAAAAGGAGGAAAUUUUUGGCAGAAACGGAGAAUGAGUGCAGUAAUACAAGACCCACUUUUUCUGAUAUCAAAGCUGCGAAGACUAUCGGGACUUUAACCCUUGCUUUUACUGCUUCUUUCACUCCGAUCGCGGUGUUUGUAGUGGGUAAUGUCAUUGGGAAUGAGUGGUGUAAUUUUUCAUUCUUUGCCUUUUGGAUACUGACCACAAACAGUUGCUGGAAUGUUAUCAUCUACAGUGUGAGAGAUCAGAAAUUCAGACACCGAGCUCAGCAACUGCUGAUAGCGCAUGAUAGAACAAAUGAGCAUAAAAGAUAACCAAUUAUCAUCUAUCGAGUCGACAGAUAUUUAUAUAUUUACAGAAUAUAGAAAGAAGAGAAUGCACAACAGUUAUGUUUUUGGAGUAAGUACAAGCUAGAUAGCACGAUGAGUUUUAUUCAUUUAGAGCCCAAUUUUCACUUGGGUUACGCGCUGGAAGCUUAACCAAGUGAGAAUUCGGCCCUUGAUGGUUAAAUGCAGAAGUAAGGACAUUUGUCGUGGUUUAAUACAGAGUUUGUAAAUAUAGCGUUAUAUGUCCCCAGGUGUUGCUACAACUGUCUAAAUAAUGUACCUGUAAUUUGUCUUUUCAUUGUUAACAUCCUGACAACUUUAUGUACUUAAAACUUUAAAGUCUGUUUCAAAGCUCUUUGCAAAAUGUCCGCUCUAGUGCACGGGGGUUUGAGAUCUGUCCUCUAAAUCACUGUAGGAAGAGCGAUACAAAAAAACAAAACAUAAGAACAAGUGCUCUUGCCUUACACUAUCAGUGGACUAUAGAGUGGACAUUUUGAAAAUAGCUUUGAAACAUACUUUAAAGUUUUAUGUGUAAAAGUCGUUGACAAUGAUAUUUUUUCGGAACCUCGCUUGUUAAGUUCAUGUCGUUAAGGUUAAAAUGUCCAAAUGUGUUUUGUUUUAACCGUGUUAAGCAUGUGGAAAAAAAUCGUUGUGAAUAAAUUGUAAAAUACAAUUUAUAUAUAUAUAUGUGUGUGUGUGUGUGUGUGUGUGUGUGUGUGUGUGUGUGUGUGUGUGUGUGUGUGUGUGUGUGUGUUAGUUUUACAUCUAAUCUUAAACAAUUGAAGUAAAUAAACAUAACAAAGGAAACGCACUCAUAAAAGUUACAUAUUGCUUUUUAGUAGGAUCCUGUCAUGAAGAAUCAGCAACAUUUCCACCAGAAGACUACAGUACAACACCGUAUAUGAAACGCAAAAUAAAUAUUUGUCGUCAAAGUUGUAUGCCAAAGCCCUAUUCUUUGCAGGGUAUGUGUAAUUAGAAGCAUGCUUAUUUUUGUAUGUCAGCAACAAGUGGUCAGUUUGAUUGAAUGCUCAGCUAAUUCUUGCUUGCAAUUCAAUGUGUCCAGUGUCUUUGCAUAUACUGUAAACAUAAG